AAUGCGAAUUCAUCGAUUGAGCAACUUGCGGAAGAGGUUGCGCAACGAAAUCCUGUAUUCUCGCAGCAUUCUCUGUCGCUCUAUGAUGUAAAUGACUCGCUGUGCAAAAUAACUGAACCUGAACUGAGUGAUACUGAGUUGGAAACGCUUCUGAGGGCAUGUAGUUCGGCGCGUGAAGUGUAUUGGCUACUGCAGGUUCUCGUUCGAAAGAUUGAAGUACGAAUUUUUUGUUGUGUUUUGUACUGGACGAAUGGCACUCUCGAACACUGA